CAGGAAAGCUAUUGGCUUGUUGUGAUUAGACAUACCUGGCUGGCCAGCCAGGAAACUCAAGAAGAUGGAGCAAGGAAGUUCAAAAGCCUAGGCCGACCUCUGUGCUUCUUGGAUUUCUGGAUCUCGGUUUACCCUUUUGUGCCCAAGAGCUGGACCAUGAGGCUGGCCGUGGCAGCCCUGCUCCUGGGCCUCACGAUGGUGGUCACCGGAGACGAGGGUGACAAUGACCUGUGCGUGUACGAGGCCCUGCCUGACAACGACGCUGUCCUCUGCAAGGGCCUUAAGGUUUCCUACCCAGAGUUGGGGAACCUCGGCUGCAUGGUUGUCCCGGAAUGCAACAACUACAGACAGAAGAUCACCUACUGGACCGAGCCGAUCGUCAAGUUCCCUGGGGCCUUGGACGGUGCAACCUACAUCCUGGUGAUGGUGGAUCCAGAUGCCCCCAGCAGGUCUUCUCCCAAAGCUCGAUUCUGGAGACAUUGGCUGGUGACAGAUAUCAAGAUGGGGAAACAAAGCCUGGUGAGAUCGAAUGAUGCAGUCUCUCAGCUAGGGGGUUGUAGAGGUGGGUCUUCAAUCCAGGCGACCGAACUCCAAACCACCAUCCCAUGUGGUCGGGCUUCACACCACAUCUCUCUCAUCAACUCCACUGUGGCGAGGGGCAUGUCAUGGUGCCCUUUCUGUAAAAUGGGCGCUGACAUGAAGAAAGGGAAGAUUCAGGGCCAGGAGUUAUCACCCUACCAGCCUCCUUCCCCACCAGCACAAAGUGGCUUCCAUCGCUACCAGUUCUUCGUCUAUCUUCAGGAAGGAAAGACCAUCUCUCUCCUUCCUAAAGAAAACAAAACUCGAGGCUCUUGGAAAAUGGACAGAUUUCUGAGCCGCUUCCACCUGGGCGAACCUGAAGCCAGCACCCAGUUCAUGACCCAAAAUUACCAGGACACGUUAAAUCACCAGGCUCCGGGAGGAAGCAGUGAGCCCGAGGACAAACCUGAACCGAGAUAGCUGCCCGCCAGACCUCAGGCUUCACGUUGCAGGUGUGUGCAUAGUGCUUACCACCCAUGGUCUGUGUAUGGAACCCACUCCGGGUAUGGAACCCUUUUUCUUCUGAAUAAAAAA